AUGAUUCAAGAAUCUCACUUGGAAAGCUCUGUAGAAGUGUCAGAUGUUAUUAUGUUCUUCGUUGUUCCAAGUGACAAGAAGAAAAUUGCAGAAAGAGGAGAGUCUUACUGGGGAAAACCUUUUAAGGAUGAAUUUAAGCCCAACUUGUCCCAUACAGGACGUGGUGUUCUCAGUAUGGCCAACUCAGGACCUAACACAAACAAGUCACAGUUUUUCAUCACCUUCCGUUCCUGUGCGUAUCUGGACAAGAAGCAUACGGUGUUUGGAAGAGUGGUUGGUGGCUUUGAGACUCUGACUGCCCUGGAGAAUGUGGAAAGUGACCCCAAAACAGACCGUCCCAAGACAGAAAUACGAAUUGAAUCAACAACUGUUUUUGUGGAUCCAUAUGAAGAAGCAGAUGCCCAGGUUGCCGCAGAAAGAGAAAAGGCCCAGCAGGAAGAAGAAGCAGCCAAAACAAAAGCUGAGGUAGCCCCACCAAAGAAAGAGAUCCAGACUCCUAAAACUUACCGGCAGGGGAUUGGAAAAUACAUUAACAUGGCUGCAGCGAAGCGCAGUGCGGAAGACGAUGGCCCCUCCACCAGCACAGCUGGGAAGAAAGAGAAAAAGAGCUCGGGCUUCGGGGACUUCAGCUCCUGGUAGCAGAGCGAGGAGCCUAGCACCGAUGC